UUUUGUUGUUCUUCUCGUUGCCGUCGGUGUUUUUUGUCACGAGCAAGCCAUCAUCCUCUUACGAGUUCCUCAUUUACCCAUCCACUCUAUACAAACAAGCCAUAAUGGGCAAAUGGCAACAAUCAAAAUAUGAUACUGAACUUGUAUCAAAAAUACUCAGGCUAUUCGAGGCGUCAGAGACAAGUCAGCACAGUUCAACAGCUCAAAGAAAUCAAAGUAGAGAACCGCUUUCGGACAAGAAAUUUUUGUCGUUCAUAAAAAACCUCAAUCCGGAUAGUGCACUUGUUCAGCAAUGCUUCAGUCAACUACUUCGUGCUGUACACUCUGAAGUCAAGGGCAUGCGUCCUUCCGGUAGUGUUUCACCGCACAGUAACCCAUUUGCAGUACCCAGUAUCGGCCAACAGCUUUUUUCAGUACAGCCACAACCAUUCGCACUCGAACUGACCGACAUCGAAGUACCUUCUGCCAGCAGGUUUCCUUCACCAGAGCGGAGACAUCGAAUGGCCGUCAAUCUGCCUCCACCUGUCUUUGAUUCUUCCCGUCCUUGGCAAUUCCAGUCCUUUAGCUCACAAAGCCGUCCGGAAUACUCGAGAAAUCAUUCAGGCGUUUCCGACUCUGCUGCUUUGGCAGCACAACCCCAGCCGACCAGUCCGCAGCAAGAGUCUGUAGCGCCUCCGGCUUUGCGACAAAGUCCGCUGUCCAGCGCUAGCCGUUCGUGGCUGUCGCAGUACACACACUCUGCCCCCGCAUCUGAACCUCGGCCUGUGAGACCGCUGCCUCUUCGAUCAAUCGGGAGCCGGCGACCAUUGUCGUUUUCGCGGUCCACUCGUGAUAUCCUCAACAACGCCCCUCCGAGUACCUCGCCGCUCGUUCCGCUGGGAGAUCGUUCGUCGAGUCUUUAUCCACGAGCACAAUCGUUGGUGGAUGGUCCACGAAGUACUUUGACACCAAGUUCUAGCACUUUACGACGGCGCCGAAUGCGUGAUGAGCUUGGUAACGACAGUACCGAGGAGCGUUCUGCAAACCGUCAGAGAAGAUUCGACCCUUCAAGUGAAAUUCAACGUGUCUGGCAGGAGGAGAACAAUCCGUGGAACGAAGCGGACCCUUCAGGAAGAGAUACAAGGCGGGACGGCAUCGUCUUUGAUGCAGACGUGUAUCUGACACAGGGCGCUGAUUUCUUGGAAUCAAGUCCUGAAGGCGCUUUUGGGGCUAGGGAUGAUGAUGAUUGGGUGACUGUUGUUCCUUCCGUGACUGUGCCUGACGAAAUUCCGGGAGACGAUGCGUGGUUUCUUCCCCCAGCAGGUCUUUCAACAAAUGGGGUUCCCGAAGUCCAAGAAAGAAAUCGUGAUUCGCAAGAAACAACAUCAGUCCUCUACCCAUCUUCCCAUCUGCCACUGAACGAAAAUGAAUGAUUAUUCCCGCAGUCCUGUUUACAUUGCAAAGUCCUACCACCCUUCCCAUUCUUGAUUGUAUGCUCGUUAAUAUGGACAGGCAGCAUUCUGUCAUUAGUAUUGUCCUUGUGCAUUAUAUCAUGUUGUAAUCAGCUGCCUAUAUUACGCGGUUACACGCAUCACUGUAUACAUAUAGUCAUUAGCAUUGUGCUCUAGAAGACCUACUUACUACUUUGUUUCAUGCUGCCUUCUCGGUAGACCCUCGAGAUGGAUGUACUUUAAAGAUGU